UAAUGCAUAUUAAUUUGGUUAUAAUUGUGUUUCAUUCUCUAAUAUAAAAAUGAGAGUCUAAAUUUGAUAUCAAUGUGGGAAUAAGAGAGAGAGAAGCAAAUUUAAUCCAUUUCAGUUAUAUUUUUUUAACCACUAAUUCACUUUUAAUAUCUAGUUAUCAAGAAUAUUAACUGUCAAGUGCCAAGGUCCGGGAAUUAAUUUAUUCUAAUCAGACAUUAAAGAAUAUUUGUAAAUUAAAAAAGAAAAAGAGCUUAAUGGCCAUAAUUGUAAAAUGAAAAGGAAAGUAAUGCAUUCUCUUGCUCACAUAUUAAGGAGCACAAAGGUGACAAUUUCAGAACGCUCAAAGCAUGCUUUCUUUUCAUGGAGCUUGAAACUGAUACACACCUAAAGCAAAAUCAUGCCCCACUGUUCUUCUUUCAUGAAAAAUACAUGAAACCCUGCAUAAAAACUGAGAUUCCUUUUGAUGAAGGACCUUCUUCCAAAGGCUACCUUCAAGAUUUUCACCAUCUUGAUACCCAUUUUCGAGCAAAUGGGUGUUCCUCAAAUCCUAUGUUUGGAGUCCAGACUCCAUAUUUGGACUCUUUGGAAGCUUUCUCUGCUGCAUAUCCUUGCUCAUUAUCAAACUUUGAUGUUUAUGAGUGUAAUCCAUUUGCUGAUAAUUUUCACAGUGGAGGAUCCUUGGAGCAUCAUCAAGUUAUAAAUCCUCAGCUGGUUGAUAUUACGGGAUCCAGUCAGAGCCGCAUGCCAAUAAGUUAUCAAGAAAUAAAACCCGUGAAUUUUGCAGGAUCAGAUGAAGUUUCAUGCGUAAGUGCAGAUGAUAUUGCUAGUUACUAUAAGAAAGCUAACAUGGAUACGAUUAAUAGUAAGGCCUAUCUUUCGACAAGGUCACUGAAAGCUGGUAAGAAAUACAAAGUAGUGAAGGGGCAAUGGACAAUUGAUGAAGACAGGCUCUUGAUUAGACUGGUUGAACAGCAUGGCAUGAAAAAAUGGUCUCAUAUUGCGCAGAUGUUGCCUGGAAGAAUCGGCAAGCAGUGCAGAGAAAGAUGGCAUAAUCAUCUGCGGCCUGAUAUCAAGAAGGAUACUUGGAGUGAAGAAGAGGAUAAGGCGCUAAUAGAGGCGCAUGCAGAGAUAGGAAACAAAUGGGCAGAAAUAGCAAAGAGGUUGCCUGGAAGAACAGAAAACUCUAUCAAAAACCACUGGAAUGCAACCAAGAGAAGGCAAUUCUCCAAGCGAAAAUGUCGUUCAAAAAACCAGACAACCUCCCUUCUGCAAGAUUAUAUUAAGACCUUAAAUUUUACUUCAACCUCCACCAAACAUCAGGCGAAAACUUCCUCCAAGUUAGUACCAGAGAAGACACCUGCCGAUGAUGACUUCUGCUUGAGUGACCACUUGGUCCCGGAUUUUGAUUUUGAUGAAGUCCCGGAUUUUGACUUUGAUGAAGACAAGUUCUUUGAAGACAGCUGUAGCAUUGAUUCUCUUAUUAAGCAGGUGUCUUGUGCUCCUGUUGAUGCUGAUAAGAAAAGUCUUGAAAUGGAGUUGCCAUUAAUAGACACGGAAUAUCAAGUGAAGAAGGACCUGGAUUUGGUGGAGAUGAUUGCUGAAGCUAAUAAUCUGUAAAGACUGAGAAACCAGUACACAUAUGUAACAGAUAUCUUUGACCAUACGAAAGCCGGAAAUUGGUAAGAGUCUUGAAAUGGAGAUGUCUUGUGAAAUUUAGUGAUCAAAUGAGGAUAAAA